GUAACAAUGGCUAUCAACAGAAUCGCGAUUGGAACGCCAGGAGAAGCUAGCCAUCCAGAUGCGAUCAGAGCGGCUUUGGCGGAGUUUUUCUCCAUGGUUAUAUUCGUUUUUGCGGGUCAAGGUUCCGGUAUGGCUUACGGAAAGCUAACAGGAGAUGGUCCAGCUACACCUUCCGGUUUAGUGGCCGCGUCUUUGUCUCAUGCAUUUGCAUUGUUCGUGGCGGUUUCAGUCGGUGCAAACGUUUCAGGCGGCCAUGUAAACCCUGCGGUUACAUUCGGAGCUUUCGUGGGUGGAAACAUAACGUUGUUAAGAGCUAUACUUUACUGGAUCGCUCAAUUACUUGGAGCAGUCGUAGCUUGCUUGUUGCUCAAGGUAAGCACUGGUGGGAUGGAAACAACAGCGUUUUCUCUUUCCCAUGGAGUUGAGCCGUGGAACGCAGUGGUUUUCGAGAUUGUGAUGACGUUUGGGUUAGUGUACACCGUUUACGCUACUGCCGUAGAUCCCAAGAAAGGUGAUAUAGGAAUCAUUGCUCCAUUGGCAAUUGGGUUGAUCGUUGGAGCUAAUAUUCUCGUUGGUGGUGCUUUCGACGGUGCGUCGAUGAACCCGGCGGUUUCAUUUGGUCCAGCUGUGGUUAGCUGGACUUGGACGAACCAUUGGGUCUAUUGGUUCGGUCCAUUUAUUGGUGCAGCAAUCGCAGCUAUUGUUUAUGACACUAUCUUUAUGGCUAGCAGUGGAAAUGAACCACUUCUUUCUAAUGACUUCUAAGUUAGGGCUUUUUCUUGUUUCUUGUUUGGAGAACAAGAAAACUGCUAUUGUAUAUCCUACUAUAGUACCCGAGGGUACUUUGAGAGAGGUUGAUUUUUUUCAUUCUCUCUAAUGUUUCAUGUGCUAAGAUGCUACUUUUACUGCUUUUUGUGUUUUGAAUAAUUAACAUAUAAAUCUUGGAAAA